UGAUCGCGGUGUUUUGUUGCAGAUCGGAAGCGACCAGGAUUUGACUGUCCCUCCCAUCUCUCCAAUGAAGUCGUGCGUGUGAGUGUGACUGACAUAGCGGCGGCGACGGAUGGAAUGAAUCGUUUUCCGAUUGGAAUCAGACAGAACAAGAACAAGAAGGAGUAGGAGAAGUUAUCCAAAUCUGGCUUCGGAUAUCUUGAAGCGCCUUUUCCCGCCACGAAGAGGAGGAAGAAGGAGAAUUCCAUUCCCAUUCCCAAUCCCAAACAUAGCAGCAGCAAUACCAGGUCCAGGAGGAGGAGGAGGAGGAGGAGGAAGAAUGCAUAUCAACGUGUUUAAGCUCUGUUCUGGCCUUAGGGUUCUUGGCUACCUCAUGAUCCUCUUGUUCGCCGCCAUUGUUGCUCUCACUUACUACGCUGUCGUCUUCAUCACAUGGGGUCCUCUUCUCUUUCAUUCCUUCUUAGCCUUCUCCAUCAUCCUCCUCUUUCACAUUUUGCUUAUCCUAUUAACCUGGUCCUACUUCAUGGUGGUGCUCAAUGAUCCUGGUUCUGUUCCUCCAAAUUGGACACCCCAUCAAGACAAUUUACCUGACUCUGAUUUGGAGGCAGCAGCAACUGGAUAUUGUGCUCGCUGCCUCAACGGCAAGCCCCCACGAUGCCACCACUGCUCUAUUUGCCAAAGGUGUGUUCUUAAGAUGGAUCAUCAUUGUAUUUGGGUCGUCAAUUGCGUUGGGGCGCGUAACUACAAGUUCUUUCUCCUCUUCUUGCUGUAUACAUUCCUGGAGACAACACUGGAUUGCUUAGCUCUGAUCCCUAGUUUUGUCAGAUUCUUUGGUGGAGCCAGGAAUCAUUCAUUGUCUCCUGAGGGCCUUGCUUUCAUCUUUCUGGCUUCUAUUCUUAAUUUAGCCUUUGCACUAAGCCUUCUGUGCUUCGUUGUUAUGCAUGUUUCUCUUCUGUUAAGCAACACAACUUCAGUAGAGGUUCAUGAGAAGAAAAAAGGCAUCAAGUGGAGGUACGACCUGGGCAGGAAAAAUAAUUUUGAGCAGGUUUUUGGCGCAAAGAAGGCCCUAUGGUUGCUCCCAUUGUUUUCAAAAGAGGAUUUAGAGAACAUAUCUGCACUAAGGGGCAUUGAGUUCCCUACACGUUCAGAUGUUGAUGUAUGAAGCUUGGGGAGUUUAUAGGUUUAAAUCUUUUUUUACAGAUGGCAUUUUAUGCUUAAUUCAUAUGGAUGCGGCAUAGGGCAUAUGAGUGAGUGGAUGUUUAAAGUCAAAGGAUUGUCUAGUUGAUAUAUAUGUAUAUUUGUAACUCAGUUUGUAUUGGUUAUUCUUAUAAUCAGUUUAAGAAACUGUAAUCUGAACGCGGCAAAAUGUAGAUUUGAUUUCAAAGGACAACUGCUGUUGAUUAUUACACCAUUCUAGUUAAUUGCUGCUGGAGGUUUGUUUGUAUGUGGAAUGGAUGAAUGAUCAGAGUGGAUUUUUCAUAUCACUCAA